CGGUCCAUUGUGUCGCAUCAUUUUUGCUCGCAGCAGUAAAAUCGUGAAAUUUUCCACAUAUUUUUUUUGGUUCGCACGAUUUUCGUUGGUUUAUUAUUGUGAAGCAGCGCGUUUGUCGCUUUCGGUUUUGUGAAACAAACAGUACCAAAACCGAAACAGUUUGUCUAUUAGAUUGUAUGCACAGUUUACAAAGCGCAUUAUUACUUCGAAACCCAUAUACACACAUUUAAUGAAUAUUUUACAACUUAACUAUUCGUGGUAUCUCCAAGUAAUUUAAAAAGUGGAUGCUUUUGCUUUAGUGAGUAAAAAUUUGAUGUGAUGUUGUCUCGCGCUAAAACUCUAGUUGAGUUAGGAGUGUGUGACUGAAUAGCCGCUGUUCCAUUGUGUAUUGUGUGUGCAUGACCUUACUGAAAGACCGUUGCUAAUUAUUAACUGAAAAAUUGUGUGAAAAACUGCGGCAAAUUUUAACACACAAUAUUUCUACACAAAUUAAGGAUCGCAAACGUUUUAUUUUCUACUUUGUUACAAAAUAAUAACAGAAUCGAUGCUGCAACACUAUAUUUUAUCAAGAACACAAAAACAACGAUAAAAAAAACCGUGCAAAAUAAAUGUAUGAACAUUUGAAAUUUUUCACAUGAAACAAAGUGCAAAGUUGACAUUUUUCUAAGUUUUAUGGUGCUUCAUCUGGCUGAUUCAUUUUUUUGUUUCGCCCAAUAUUGGGCUUCGUAAAUUCUUCAAAGCACAACGAACGAUACGAGACACACAUCGAACGGAUAUAUUGCGGGUAUAAAGGCAAAGAUAGACAAUCAAAAUUCCUCGAGAUAAGAGUGGCCCAUCUGGUAUUUGCGUGUUAUACAUACGACCAAAUAGAAAGCAAGCAGAAAGAAAUAGCAGCAUCAUUUUGGAAAGUGACUACGAAAAACGUCAGAAAAUAAACGACAUACGACAACAUCGACGUCGACACGAAAUCAUCUAUUUUAUUUUAAAUUUGCUUAGGGAACAAAUAUGUGUACAACAUUUGUGUAAAUCAUGGAACUUUCCGUCGCAGUCACAUUUAUGAUUUCCGUUGCAAUUGUUUGGUUAGUUGGUAUUAUUGGUCCAUCGUUAGCUACAGAAUCCGAGCCAGCACAUCCAGCGAUAAGCAGUUUGGCCGAUACAACGUACCCAAAGCAAAAUCAAUAUUUUGAUUCAACGAAUAUGGCAUAUGUAUUAGAGUUAAGCAAUCCCAAGACCAAUCAAAAUAAUAACGGCGAAGAGGACGAUGAGGACGAUAAUAGGAGUAGUAAUGACAGCGAUAACAUUAGAAGUAACCAAAAAUAUGUGAACGUUUCAAGUAGAGACAACCGCAAUUUUUAUAAUAACAAUAACCACAAUAUCGGCGACGAUGCCGAUAAAAUGAAUAACGCUCUGAAUCGAGGACCAUUUUUUGAUGUAUCGGCAUCGAAGAAUGUCACUGCGCUCGUAGGCAAAACAGCAAAUCUCAAUUGCAGGAUCAAAAACUUGGGGAACAAAACAGUAACUUGGAUACGGCAUCGAGAUCUACACUUACUUACCGUUGAUAAAACCACAUACACAAGUGACAACCGUUUCGUGUGUGUGAAUAAUAAACAAAUUGGCGAUUGGUCCCUACAGAUUCGGAAUACGCAAAAAAAUGAUUCGGGCAUCUACGAAUGUCAAGUUUCAACGACGCCGCCCGUGGGAUUUUCAAUGAUUUUAUCAGUCGUUGAACCAGUCACAUCCAUACUAGGAGCACCCGAUUUAUUCGUGUCUAUCGGUUCAACCAUUAAUCUAACAUGUAUUGUAAGACAUUUGCCUGAACCACCGAGCGCAAUUUUAUGGAGCCAUAAAAAUCAGGAGAUUAAUUACGAUAGUCCGCGCGGAGGUGUCAGUGUAAUAACGGAGAAAGGUGAAGUGACUACUUCUUAUCUGCUCAUUCAAAAGGCGAGAAUAUCCGAUUCGGGUGCAUACCGGUGUAUGCCAACCCAUGCAAAUCCAAAUACGGUUAAUGUUCACGUUUUAAACGGUGAGGAACCGGCUGCAAUACAACAAGGCUCUAAAACCCACUUACAAAGUACCAACUUCUUAAUUUUAAUUUUGACUUUCAUUGUUAUUAUACAUUUGAACAGUGAUGCUGCUGUACUUUAAACAUCAAAUCCAAUUUACUGACAAAAUAAUACUCUUCGUUUCAUUUUAGUCUUUUUUAGUAUUUUUAUUUUGUUUUGAGUGUGCAACUCACUUGCACAUAAGUAUUUCUUCAGUAGUCGAAUAUUUAGUUUUUUUUUUUCCUCUCGUUCUUUUGUGUUUAACGAUUCACUUGAAUCUAUUGUCUGUUUCAAUCCAGCUGGAUUUCAUUUAAAUAAAAUAUGCCACAUAAUUGACUAUAUGUACUGUGCGGAAAUUCGAUAAAAGAUAGAUAGAGAGAGGAAGAGAGAGUAAAAAAAGUUACAUCUUUCUGAGUUAUUUUUGUUUAUUCAUUUUAUUUGUUUGCUUGUUUGUUUGUGUUACAUAUACAUUUUUGAAGCGUCGUUUUGUUUUUGUCGUUUAUGCAAUGUGUUUGAGAAACGAAACCAAAUAUGAUGGAUGUACGCUUGGAAUACAUAUAUAUUCCAACUAUUUUAAAUUGUGACUGUGAGCACUGUUUUGUUUCAAAACAAAUUUAUUAUAAUGUUGAUAUAAAAACAAAACAAGCGACUUUAAGCGCUUGAACUUAAAAAAAAAAAGAAGAAACUAUACAUGAAUAUUUACAAUUUUCGUUUAAAUUCAAAUAUGUUUUAACACAUGUCGUUUGUCAACGUUGAGAUUUCGAAUCAAAUCGAAAAAAGAAAAGAACUCAAAUAAUAUAACUUAAAUUUCAACUUAAUUAAAUCAUAAUUUCAAGUUCAAGUGGAUAUUAUUCGAUUGAAAUUGAUUUAAUAAAUUUAGAAAGAUGUGUAAACAAUGUCCAAUAUAAUUUAAAAUAAUCAAUUUAAGAAAUGUAUUGAAAAAUCUAAUUGAAGUGAAGUGAGUAAUCGAAUGAAAGGAAUCACCAUUAUAAGACUAUUGAUUGACCAACAAUGCGAUAUAAUCAACUAAACGACGAACACAAGCGAGUAUCUCGAACGUCCUUGGACAUCACUUACAUGUUGUAACAUUUAUCGUAUCAAAUAAUAUGUCAGCAUGCUGGCAAAUAAUUGUUAUAGUUGUAUGUUACGGCUAUUUUUUACAACAGUCGAUUCUAGCUCUCAAUGGAAUGGAUACAAUUCAAUAAAAUGUUUUAGAGGUAUUUCAACAAAAUUAGUUUAUUGUUAAAAGCCACUUUGGAUGAAAUUAAUGGAUCAAAAUUGCGGCAAUUUUUAACGAUGACAGAGCAAACAAUACACCAAACGACCCAUAACAUCUAAAUCGAAACAUCUAGCCACAAACAUUAUGUUGAUCAUACCAAAAAUUGAAACAACAAGUUAAUAUAUUGUACUCUAUGGCCUAGUAAUGAAUUUGUUUCAUUGCUAAUUUCCUAAUGAAAAACAAAUGAAUAUUUAUUUAUUAUGGUGAUUUUCCUUUUAACAUAAAUGAUAUUGUUAAGAAUAGUUUUCCGUAAGCAAUUUCUAACCCUGUGGGAAUACAUUGAAUGACUCUCUUAAGCUCUCGCACAACGAUCGAGCUCUAUAUGUUGCAUGUUGUGUGUUUAUUGAUACAAAAAAAGCGAAAGAAUGAAUGAAAUUGAAAACACAACGAGCCAAGGACAGAGAUAGAAUGUCAGAAAGAUGGAAAAAUUGAAGAAAAGGAGACAUUUCUUCCGCACUAUGGACCAACGCUCAUUCCAAUUAUGGAAAAUAUUUGCAUACAGUACUAAAAGUCUUCCUAACUAUCAUCAAUCAACACACACACACACACAUACACAUACACAUACAUUUAUAUAUAUAUAAACAAAAAACUAACUUUUACUUGGAUAAUUUCAUUAAUUUGUUGAAAAACACUGUAUUGAAUAACCUUUCUUUUUCUUUUCACCCAGUUUCGCUCAAUCCCAAAAGUUUUGUCCAAUCUUCCUUUUUUUAUUUAUCUCUCUAUUCAUUGUAUUUAUUUUUGUCAACCCAUGCUAAAAUCCAUGCAAUGAAAAAGAAAUGGCCAUUUUCAUACAAUGUCGUAUUUACAUUCAAUGGGAUAAUAAGUUAACACCAAAAACAAAAGGUCUAUAGUGUAGGUUUUAACUUAAUUUUGGCACAAUGAAGAGAUCAUCAUUCUGAGUCAUCUUUUGGCCAUUCGUUAUUAAUUGUUGUUGAAUAAACAAGGAAAGCACAAUGAAAAUCAGCCAAAAAUUAAAUUUAAAUAUUACAUAAAUACGUAGAAAAUAAUGAUGAUGAAAGAAAUAAAAACCAAAAAAAAAAAAGAAAAAGAAAAAAAACUUAGAAAUAAUUUUUAAAUGCUAAAUCCAUCAAACAUUUAGUUUCAAUUAAUUCAACUGUAUGUCUUGAAAGUAUAUUUACGAGUUGCGAAACUAUACUUACUUUGUAACAUUUCAAACAUAAGGAAAUUCGAUAGCUAUUGUCUGAACAAAGCGGGGAUGAAAUGAUUAAAGUGAAGCAUGCAAUAAAGUACACAGUUACAGAAAAAAAAAUUAU